AUGGUUGGUAAAAAACACCAAAAAGAUCCCAUUCCAGAUAAUAUGGAGAUUUUAGUUCAAAAAAAAUCCAAAGUUAUUGAUAGCAUAUCUAGAAUCCGACAAUCUAUUAUAUCAAAAACAAUAUCAUUCAAUACCUUUGAGAUAGAUUGUCGAUUGGAAAUAUUGCAAGGUUAUAUUACUCAAGCUAUGGAAUAUCAGUCAGAGUUGGAAAAUUUAGAUCCUUCGAAUAAUGACAGAUCCGAGCUUGAAGAUCUUUGUGUGUCAACGAAAUCGUUAUUGCUAAGUUUACAAGCCAAAAAUAGGAAUCCAAGUUUUGCUGACACUUCAUUUAACAUGUCGGCUCACCAUUCAAGGUUACCAAAUAUGCGAUUGCCAAAAUUUAGCGGAAAAUACUCUGAAUUUAAAAAUUUCAUGAGUUUAUUUGAGAAUUUGGUUCAUAACGAUCACACACUUGCUGAUAUUGAGAAAUUUAAUCAUUUGAUUUCAUGCUUAUCCGAUGAAGCUUUGGGUACAGUAAAAGCUUUCCAGAUUUCUGAGGAAAAUUAUCCAAAAGCUCUAAGCAGCCUAAAAAAGGUUUAUGAUAAUGAAUGCCUCAUAUUUUUUGAUAACAUUUCAAAGCUGUUUGAUCUCCCUGAAAUACAAAAACCUUCGGCUUCUGCUUUGCGUAGCAUGAUUGAUACAGUAUCAGCCAUUUAUGACUCACUAUUAUCAAUCGGUGAUGACAAAAAGAUUACAAAUGCAAUAUUAAUUCAUUUGGUUAUGUCAAAAGUGGAUCCAGUCACUAAAUCUAAAUGGGAAGAACAUUUAGAUUUUGAAAAUCUUCCAUUAUGGAGUGAAUGUGAAGCCAUUUUGAAUAAACGCUAUCAGCAUAUUGCUGCAGACGAAUCUUCAAAUUCAAGGCUUAAAUCCACAAAAAGUAAAAAUGAAAAUCCAUCGAAAAAAUCUUCAAAAACAUCACUAGCUUGUGUGAAAACAAAACAAUCAGCUGAUAAAUGCUUAUUUUGCAAAUCUACUCAACACAAUAUUUACGAUUGCCCCUCCUUUGCCGCGGAACCGGUUCGUCAAAGAUUUGAUUUUAUAAAAUCCGUUCCUGCGUGCAUUAAUUGUCUUAAAAAGGGUCACACUGUAUCGAGAUGUAGUUUUAGGAAAUGUGGAAUUUGUAAUGGUUCCCACAACAAUCUUCUACAUCGUUUUGGCAAUGAUUCUAAUGUAACAACUAAUAAUCAAAACAUUUCAAAUUCUUCUGAUCGUCCAACAACAUCUCAGGCCUCAAUUAAUUUUUCAUCUUCUGACGAUAAUGUUAUUCUUGCAACAGCAUUGGUCAAAGUAAGAAGCAAUUCAGGUGACUUUAUUUUGGCUAGAGCAUUAUUAGAUUCUGGAUCUCAGACGAAUUUAAUAACUGAAGAAUUGGCUCAAAGACUUAGACUAAAAAGAGAGGGAGGUAAAUUGAAUUUGAAUGGCAUCGGAAAAUCUAAUUCAGUUGCUAAGUCAAGUGUUGAAGUGACUAUGAAGUCAAGAGUGAAUAGCACACAAUUCAAUUCGAAAUUCUGGAUAUUAGGUUCGAUUACAAGCUAUCUACCUGAUCGUAAGAUAAAUACAAAGGAUUGGGAUAUUCCGAAAAAUAUUGAAUUAGCAGAUCCAUGCUUCUACAAACCACAAAAAGUGGAUAUUCUAGUUGGUGGUGAAAUUUUCUUCGAGCUACUCUGUGUGGGUCAAAUAAAAUCUACAUACAAUAUGCCUAUGCUUCAAAAAACUACUCUUGGUUGGAUUGUAGCUGGGAAAUGCAAUCAACCAAAGGGCACUAGCUCAAAUAUUUGUUACGUAAAUGAACUGAUUGAAAAUGAAGAUUAUGUGGAUACCGUUGUUAGAAAAUUUUGGGAGCUAGAAGAGCUACCACGAGAUGUAGUUAUGUAUAAUGAAGAGCAUCGAGAAUGUGAGAAAAAAUUUCGGGAGUCAGUUAAACGCUUAGACUCUGGUCGAUUUUUGGUUUCUUUACCAUUUAAGAAAGAUUCAAAUAUUUUAGGAUCUUCCUUUGAUACUGCUAAGAGACGAUUUAUAUCCCUAGAGCGUAGACUUUCCAAAGACCCAACAAUGCGAAGAGCCAGCAGAGAGUUGAAGGAGCUACGGAAGGCGUACGAGGAUCAACGGGACGCUCUGGUGUCAUUCGCAGCAUCAGUCGAAAUCGAGUUCAGCUUCAUUCCACCCCGAGCACCUCACUUCGGAGGUCUAUGGGAAGCUGCUGUGAAGCAGGCCAAAUACCUGCUUCUGCGAGCAGUAGGCAACGCAUCUCUCAACACCGAAGAAAUGGGAACUAUGCUCGCAGAAGUGGAGGCGGUGUUGAACAGCCGACCCAUAGCACCGCUGUCACCAGAUCCCAACGACGGGGAAGCACUAACACCAGCACAUCUGUUAAUAGGCGGGGGUCUGCGUUCGCUGCCGCCAGGAUCAGAAGAAGGCGUGAAAGGCAACGUGCUGAAGUCUUGGAGGCGAUGGCGACUACUCUCCGGACUCAAGGAGAUGUUUUGGCAAGCUUGGUCCAAAGAAUAUAUACUGGGUCUACAGCACAAGGUCAAAUGGCAACAGCAAAUUCCCAAUCUGCAGGUGGGCGAGCUAGUGAUAAUUCACGAAGACAACCUGCCACCCCAGGAGUGGUUAACCGGCCGAGUCGUAGCCGUAACCGAAGGCAAGGACGGCAAGUUGCAAAUGAAUUCUACACCAUUUUGCAUUGAAAUUGAGAAAAUUCCAAAUGAAAUUGAGAAUUUCCAUUUGAAAUUGAGAAAUUCAAUUUUAAAUUGA